AUGGAGGUAGAAACACUCAGCGACGCACUGGUUGAUGGUGAGGCCGAGACACUUACAGAAACGCUAGUUGACAUGCUAGCAGAGGUGGAGGUCGAAGCACCGUUUGAGAAGCUAGCAGAGGUAGAUGUCGACAUAGUUGGCAACACACUUGUCGAAACAGUAGCAGAGGUGGAGGUCGAAAAACGGGUGGACCUGGAGGUUGAGACACUUGCCGAGACGCUGAUUGACAGGCUCGCAGAGGUUGAGGUCAAAACACUUUGGGACAAACUGGUUGAUGUUGAGGCCGACACACUUGUAUAUAAACUGGUUGAACCGCUGGAUGAGGAAGAGGCUGACAAACCUGUCGACAUGGAGACUGAUACACUGGGUGACAAGCCAGCAGAGUUAGAGGAUGAAAAACUUGGUGAUAAGCUUGUCGAUAUAGAGGCCGAUAAACCGUUUGACACGCUAGCAGAGUUAGAGGUUGACAAACUUGGUGACAAACUUGUUAAUAUAGAGGCCGAUACACUGUUCGACAAGCUAGCAGAGCCAGAGGUUGACAAACUUGGCGAUAAACUUGUCGAUAGAGAGGCCGAUACACUGUUUGAAACGCUAGCAGACUUAGACGUCGAGAGACUCGGCGACAAACUCAUCGAUAGAGAGGCCGAUACACUGUUUGACAUACUAGCAGAGUUAGAAGUCGACAGACUUGGCGACAAACUUAUUGAUAGAGAGGCCGAUACACUGUUUGACAUGCUAGCAGAGUUAGAAGUCGACAGACUUGGCGACAAACUUAUCGAUAGAGAGGCCGAUACACUGUUUGACAUACUAGCAGAGUUAGAAGUCGACAGACUUGGCGACAAACUUAUCGAUAUUGAGGCCGAUACACUGUUUGACACACUAGCAGAGUUAGAGGUUGACAAACUUGGCAAUAAACUUGUUGAUAUAGAGACACUGCUUGACAAGCUAGCAGAGUUCGAGGUUGACAAACUUGGUGAUAAACUUGUCGAUAUAGAGGCCGAUACACUGUUUGACACGCUAGCAGAGCUAGAGGUUGACAAACUUGGUGAUAAACUUGUCGAUAUAGAGGCCGAUACACUGUUUGACACACUCUCAGAGUUAGAGGUUGACAAACUUGGUGAUAAACUUGUCGAUAUAGAGGCUGAUACACUGUUUGACACACUCUCAGAGUUAGAGGUUGACAAACUUGCUGAUAAACUUGUUGAUAUAGAGGCUGAUACACUGUUUGACACACUCUCAGAGUUAGAGGUUGACAAACUUGGUGAUAAACUUGUUGAUAUAGAGGCCGAUACACUGUUUGACACGCUAGCAGAGCCAGAGGUUGACAAACUUGGUGAUAAACUUGUCGAUAUAGAGGUCGAUACACUGUUUGACACGCUAGCAGAGCCAGAGGUUGACAAACUUGGUGAUAAACUUGUCGAUAUAGAGGUCGAUACACUGUUUGACACGCUAGCAGAGCCAGAGGUUGACAAACUUGGUGAUAAACUUGUCGAUAUAGAGGAAAACACACUGUUUGACACGCUAGCAGAGUCAGAUGUUGACAAACUUGGUGACAAACGUGUUGAUAUAGAGGCUGACACACUGUUUGACAGGCUAGCAGGAGUAGAUGUUGACAAACUUGGCGAAAACCUUGUCGAUAUAGAGGCCGAUACACUGUUUGGCACGCUAGCAGAGUUAGAUGUCGACAGAGUCGGCGACAAACUUAUCGAUAGAGAGGCCGAUACACUGUUUGAUACGCUAGCAGAGCCAGAGGUUAACAAACUUGGUGAUAAACUUGUUGAUAUUGAGGCCGAUACACUGUUUGACACGCUAGCAGAGUUAGAGUUCGACAGACUCGGCGACAAACUUAUCGAUAGAGAGGCCGAUACACUGUUUGACACGCUGGCAGAGUUAGAUGUUGACAAACUUGGUGACAAACUUGUUGAUAUAGAGGCCGAUAAACUGAUUGACAUGCUAGCAGAGCCAGAGGUUGACAAAGUUCGUGAUACACUUGUUGAUAUAGAGACACUGUUUGACAAGCUAGCAGAAUUAAAUGUUGACAAACUUGGAGAUAAACUUGUCGAUAAAGAGGCCGAUACACUGUUUGACACGCUAGCAGAGCCAGAGGUUGACAAACUUUGUGAUAAACUUGUCGAUAUAGAGGCCGAUACACUGUUUGACACGCUAGCAGAAUUAGAGGUUGACAAAGUUGGUGAUAAACUUGUCGUUAUAGAGGCCGAUACAGCGUUCGACACGCUAGCAGAGUUUGAUGUUGACAAACUUGGCGAUAAACUUGUUGAUAUAGAGACACUGUUUGACAAGCUAGCAGAGUUAAAUGUUGACAAACUUGGCGAUAAACUUGUCGAUAAAGAGGCCGAUACACUGUUUGACGCACUCUCAGAGUUAGAGGUUGACAAACUUGGUGACAAACUUGUCGAUGUAGAGGCCGCUAAACUGUUUGACACGCUCUCAGAUUUAGAGGUUGACAAACUUGGUGACAAUCUUGUCGAUAUAGAGGCCGGUAAGCUGUUUGACACGCUUUCAGAGUUAGAGAUUGACAAACUUGGUGAUAAACUUGUCGAUAUAGAGGCCGAUAAACUGUUUGACACUCUAGCAGAGCCUGAGGUUGACAAACUUGGUGAUAAACUUGUUGAUAUAGUGGCUGAUACACUGUUUGACACGCUCUCAGAGUUAGAGGUUGACAAACUUGGUGAUAAAAUUGUCGAUAUAGAGGCCGAUAAACUGUUUGACACGCUCUCAGAGUUAGAGGUUGUCAAACUUGGUGGUAAACUUUGCGAUAUGGAGGCUGAUACACCGUUUGACACACUCUCAGAAUUAGAGGUUGACAAACUUGGUAAUAAACUUGUCGAUUUAGAGGCCGAUAAACUGUUUGACACACUAGCAGAGCCUGAGGUUGACAAAAUUGGUGAUAAACGUGUUGAUAUUGCGGCCGAUGCAAUGUUUGACACGCUAGCAGAGCCAGAGGUUGACAAACUUGGUGAUAAACUUGUUGAUAUUGAGGCCGAUAGACUGUUUGACACACUAGCAGAGUUAGAGGUUGACAAACUUGGUGACAAUCUUGUCGUUAGACUCGGCGACAAACUCGUGGAUAGGGAUACCGACUCACUGGUUGAUACGCUAGUAUAG